ACUUGCCAUAGUAUGGCUGCUUCUCGAUCUACUCGUGUUACAAGAUCUACAGUGGGUUUAAAUGGUUUGGAUGAAAAUUUUUGUGGUAGAACAUUAAGAAACCGUAGUAUUGCUCAUCCAGAGGAAGUUUCACCCCAUCCUCAAAUACGAUCAAGGUCACCAAAGAAGAGGCCAGAGUCUGUGCAAACUCAGAAGGGAAGUAAUGGUGGAAGAACUACUGAUUUGAAACAGCAGAGUGCUCGGGAAUCUUGGGUGAGCCCUAGGAAGAGAGGGCUGUCUACUUCAGAAAAAGAUAAUGUUGAUAAACAAACUGUGGAAAAUUGUGAAAAAAAACAAGCAGAACCUGUUUCACCAGUUUUGAAAAGAGUUAAGCGCUGUCUACGUUCAGAGGCACCCAACAGUUCAGAAGAAGACUUGCCCACUAAAACAGAGAAGGAAUCAUUGGAGCAUAAAAGCUUAGUGUCGGACAAUGAUGCAGUCUCCACAGGGACUAAGCGAGCUUGUCGAUGUCUUAUAUUGGAUGAUUGUGACAAAAGGGAAGUUAAAAAGGUGAAUGUCUGUGCAGAAGGAUUUAAUAAUUCUCCAAUAGUUGAUGAGAUUGCAGGCUAUCAGACUGUCAAUGGAAUUGGUGAGAGAGACUCAAAUUCUCUUAACUGUGAUGACUGUCAGCUUGAUGGGAACACUAAGCAAAACAGUGCUGGUUCCUGUAUGCUCAAGGACAAAACAGUAGCAGAAAAUGGAAAUUCAUUUGCCCAUUCUUCAUUGUUGCUUAAUAGCAGCAAGGAGGACAGUGUUGUAGACCAUUAUGUGCCUUGCACAAAUUCUCAAGAGCAGGUAAAGUUAGAGGACCACAAAAUAAUAAAUGACUGCUUGCCUGAGGAGCAUGCUAAUCAGGCAGAUGAGCCAGCUACAGGGUCCUUUUCUGAAAUCCAGUCAUCUUUGUUAAGGGAUUCAGAGGAGGAGGUAGAUGUUGUAGGAGAUAGUAGUGCCUCUAAGGAACAGUGUGCUGAAAACACCAAUAGCAACCCGAAUACUCAUCAUGACAGUGCAUCAAUCUCAGGUGAACCUGAACCACAUUCUUCAGUGCUGGACUGUGUUUCGGCUCAAAUGACACCUUUGUCGGAACUUCAAGAACACAGAUAUACAUUGAGAACUUCACCACGAAGGGCUGCCCCUGCCAGAAGUAGCCCUACUAAAAAUAACUCUCCUUGUAGAGAAAAUGGACAGAUUGAGGAAAGUAAUCUUAGUCCCACUGAAAAGAAUGUACCUGUAGGUAUAAAUAAUAUCAAUGGAUCUCCCAAAAAUUCAGAAGAAUUUAAACAGAAUGAAAAAGAGAGAAAUUGUAAUACGGGAGAUCAUGGGAGUGAUGGACUAAGAAAGCCACUUUCUGAGGCUAGGCUUGUUUCUGGAUAUGUACCAUCUGCCAAAGAGAGUGCCAACAUCCACACUGCAGAGGAUGAUGAGGAAGAGCCUGAUGUGUAUUACUUUGAAUCAGAUCAUGUGGCAUUGAAACACAACAAAGAUUAUCAGAGACUGUUACAGACGAUUGCUGUACUCGAGGCUCAACGUACUCAAGCAGUUCAAGACCUUGAAAGUUUAGGGAGACACCAGAGAGAAGCACUGAAAGAUCCUAUUGGAUUUGUGGAAAAACUCCAGAAGAAGGUUGAUAUGGGUCUUCCAUAUCCUCAGAGAGUUGUUCAGCUCCCUGAGAUUGCCUGGGACCAAUACACCUCUAGCCUUGGAAACUUUGAGAGAGAAUUCAAAAACCGAAAACGUAACAGUAGGAGAGUGAAACUAAUUUUUGACAAAGUAGGUAUACCUGCAAGACCAAAAAGUCCUUUGGAUCCCAAGAAGGAUGGAGAAUCUGUUUCAUACUCUGUCUUGCCUUUAAGUGAUGGUCCAGAAGGUUCUACAAACAGUCGUCCACAGAUGAUAAGAGGACGACUUUGCGAUGAGACCAAACCUGAAACUUUUAACCAGCUGUGGACUGUAGAGGAACAGAAAAAACUUGAGCAAUUGCUUUUGAAGUAUCCACCAGAGGAAGUAGAGUCCCGACGGUGGCAGAAGAUAGCUGAUGAACUGGGAAAUAGAACAGCAAAGCAGGUUGCCAGUAGAGUGCAAAAAUAUUUUAUUAAACUGACUAAGGCUGGCAUUCCAGUUCCAGGAAGAACUCCAAACUUAUAUUUAUACUCCAAAAAGUCAUCAAGUAGACGGCAGCAUCCUUUAAAUAAACAUCUUUUCAAACCUUCAACUUUCAUGACAUCUCAUGAACCUCCAGUUUAUAUGGAUGAAGAUGAUGACAGAUCCAGUUUUCACAGCCAUAUGGACACUGCAGCAGAAGAGGAAGUAUCGGAUGAAGAGAGUAUUCCAAUAACAUACCGAGAGUUACCUGAAUACAAAGAACUGUUAGAGUUUAAAAAACUGAAGAAACAGAAACUCCAGCAGAUGCAUGCAGAAAGUGGAUUUGUGCAGCAUGUGGGAUUCAAGUGUGAUAACUGCGGAAUUGAACCUAUCCAGGGUGUUCGGUGGCACUGCCAAGACUGCCCUCAAGAUAUGUCCUUGGAUUUCUGUGAUUCUUGUUCUGACUGUCUGCAUGAAACAGAGAUUCAUAAGGAAGAUCAUCAGUUAGAACCUAUUUACAGAGCAGAGACAUUUUUAGACAGAGACUACUGCAUGUCCCAGGGCACCAGUUACAAUUAUCUUGACCCAAACUACUUUCCAGCAAAUAGAUGACAUGGGAAGCAGAUCUACCAUCUUGGGCUUACUAUCCUCUUUGAAAAAUAACAAUGGCACCAUUGUUAAUUCUGUGCACAUU